GUUUCUUACUUCACAUGUCUGGCCACUUGCAAAAGCAAGUAUUAUUGUACAUGAUAGUUUUCUUUGUAAACAUAGCUUUGGACAUAGAUCAGAAGCAUUUCCAACACAACGACCAUCAGCUAAUGAAACAAACUGUUUUGUAGGUUGUGUACGACCAUGUUGUGGGACUGGGAAAAUGCCAUUUGGAGAAUGUCCAAAAGAAUGUCGACCGAAAGAUCAUCCUGAGUGGAUACAUUGUUAG